AUGUCCUUCAACAAUGCUCAACUGCACCCAGCUGCAGUGUUUAGCAACAAAGGGUUUAGCAGCCCUGCUGCCUAUUCUCGCUUCUGUCUAGAAGCAGUUCGCUUGUUUUAUGUCAAUCUUGUUCCCUGUCCUGGGUGCGACCCUGCAUUCUUCACAACAACUGUGUUCAAUUAUGAUAUCACAGUUACUCCUGCUCUGUUAGCAAACCUUCUCAAUCUUUCCCACACUGGUCUUCGAGCAGGCACCGAUAGUGAGUUUGCCUCUCGCGGGUUCCUAUUUGAUGCUGCUUUGGCUCGCUAUACGCGUGAUAUCGGGGAUUUCUAUCAUUCUCCGCUUGCAGCUGGUCGUAUACCAGAUGAUUUGAAGGUGCUUCACUUCUUUAUCACUAGGACCUUCCUGCCUCGUGACCUCUCUAGCACUGAUAUUCUUCACUCUGCUGAUUUAUGGAUCCUGUCUAAUGCUAAAGAAGGUCGUCUAAUAAGCUAUGCCUCACUCAUGUUCUCCCAUCUCAUUAAGUUUGGCCUUGAGUACUAUAGUGGUCCCCUGUCCUUUGGACCCCAGAUCACCAAAUUCCUAUAUAAGGUGGGCAUUGAUCUGCGUGACAAGGUCAUGCUUUGUAAUGUCCUCGAUGAUCUUAAACCUCAACAUGUUCUAGCAAAACUCAAUGCUGAGGUUGGCCCCCGUAAGCCUAUCAUUGGCUCAGGGGGAGUCAUAACAGGUCCUGUAUCCUAUGCCUCUAGAAAACUUGUGAAUGCUCUUGUCGACGCUGCUGUAACAGUCAUCAAGCAAGAAGCGACAAGAGCAGUAAAUGACUCGAUUAGCUCUGACUCUGAGUCUAAAGAAGAGGACAGAAUCUCUGAGUACGAAUCUCCACCAGAAUAUCCCUUCUAA